UUGUACAGUGUAAUGAAUUGAAAUUGGAGGGUCAGGUCAGGGGACAUUCAAAAACCAGCUUCUGCAAAACCGCUAAACAAACAGAGAGAGAGGGGGAGUGAUUGUCUGAUGAUACAUUGGAUACACCUAGAUAUGCUUGUUGUACACUGGUGGUGCCAGUCGCAAACGCCUCUAGAGCCCGUAAAAGUCACAGAAGAAAAAAGAAAAAGAAAAGAAAAUCAUCGGGGGGAAGAAAGAAUCUCCUCUCUCAGCUCGCCGUACCUAACUGACUCUGUUGGCUCAUCUUUUUCACAGCUUCGGAAGCAAAUAAAGGUUUAUCUGUGUGUACGUGACUGUUCUUCUGCUCGGUUAUUACAUCCUUGUGGAAUUGUUCUUCUUUUUGGAGGGUUUCUUGUUCUUGUUGGAUCUGAUUAGUUAAUGAUUUCGUGUUUCUCAUGCAAAAACAAGUGGAAACCCGUGAUGCUGGGUGUUAUGAUUCAUAAAGCAGUCAAAAAAGGAAACGUAGAGCUGCAAUGGCGAAUCGGUGGUGGGCUGGGAACGUAACAAUGACUCAAAGAAGAGAACAAGAUUUCAUUGAGACCAACAACAACAACUCCAGCCCUAAUUACACCGGAACCCCAAACCAAGACGAUGAAGAGCACCAAUCCGAAGAACACACUGAACACCACCAUGAAGCCACCGAACCAGGUAGUACCUCUACACUAUCCACAUCCUCUCGCCGCCCAAGAGGCCGACCUCCCGGUUCCAAAAACAAACCAAGGCCUCCCAUUGUCAUAACAAAAGAAAGCCCUAAUUGUCUUCACAGUCAUGUCCUCGAAAUCACGAGUGGCAGUGACAUUGUGGAGAGUCUUGCUAAUUUUGCCCACCGCCGCCACCGUGGCGUGACAAUAAUGAGUGGGAGUGGCAUUGUCAACAAUGUCACACUCCACCAGCCCACAGCACUUGGUGGGGUUAUUACUUUGCAAGGGAGAUUCGAGAUUUUGUCGUUAUCGGGCGCAUUUUUACCAGCACCAUCCCCACCGGGUGCGACGGGGUUGGCAGUGUACUUGGCAGGAGGGCAGGGGCAGGUAGUUGGUGGGACGGUGAUGGGUUCUUUAGUGGCGUCGGGGCCAGUGAUGGUUAUAGCCGCUACGUUUACUAAUGCGACUUAUGAGAGACUUCCACUUGAGGAGGAACAAGGAGAAGGUGAGGGGAUUAAUCCAGUGCAGAAAAAUAGUUCUGGGAACUAUAAUGAUGAUGGUGGUGGUCAGACACAAAGUACGGAAGAUCAGCAGCAACAGCAACAUAGUCCUACAAUGCCAGUUUACAAUUUGCCUCCAAAUUUGGUACCAAAUGGACAACAGAUGCCGCGGGAGGUUUUUUGGGGUGCACCACCUCGUCCUCCUCCUCCCUCCUACUGAAGGUUACAAUGUUUUGGUGAUGACUGGUAUGUGCAAAAGAUUAUGGAACUUUCUUUUUCUUUGGUUUUGUGUAAUACUUUCAUGUGAGGAUACGCUUGAAGGUUGGGACUUUCCGGCUUAGUUCCUGUAAACGAGAAAUUAAUUACUGAUCAUUAGGUUUUUGCUAGCAGUGACUUGAAAAGUUUAAAACUUGUGGGUUUCUUGAAUUCAUUUCAUAAUUUCAUUCAGUUAUCUUC